AUGUCGUCCUCUGGUUAUAAAGUGGAGGGGGAUGAAUGGCGUUCAUACGCGGGAUACGCAGACCCCGCCGAGACGCGCAUUUUCGAUGUGGAAGAGGGAAUGCAAGACGCAGAAGACCAGUCAGAAGGGGCAAAUUAUGCCAGCAGCACCGGGGCCCCUCCCACUGGUGACGACCCACCCCUUUGGCACACCAGCCCCUCCCUCACCCCCGAACCGCCGCCCCUGGUGCACUCUGGAAGCCUGUCCUGGGAGGCUGCGAUCGAUGCGGCCCGCAGUGCCCAGGGAGGCGCCCCACCGACCAUGAGAAGCCACUCCACGGCGGGGUCGGCGCCCGUGGGGUCCCUGUCCCAGCGCAAGCGGCAGCAGUACGCCAAGAGCAAGAGCAAAGGCAGCACCACCAACAACCGGCCCCCGCGGGCCCUCUUCUGCCUCACCCUCAACAACCCCAUACGCAGGGCCUGCAUUAGCCUGGUGGAGUGGAAACCUUUUGAUAUCUUUAUAUUACUCUCUAUUUUUGCCAACUGUGUGGCCUUAGCUGUUUACGUUCCCUUCCCCGAAGACGACUCCAACUCAACCAACCAUGACCUGGAAACGGUAGAAUAUGCCUUCCUCAUCAUUUUUACAAUAGAGACCUUUUUGAAGAUCAUAGCUUAUGGACUUGUAAUGCACCAGAACUCAUACGUCAGAAACGGCUGGAACAUGCUGGACUUCGUAAUAGUUAUAGUGGGGUUGUUUAGUGUGGUGCUGGAGCUGAUCACACACGAGGGUGAUGCAGCGGGUCCCACUGGGGGAAAGCCGGGGGGCUUCGACGUGAAGGCACUACGAGCGUUCCGGGUUCUCCGCCCCCUCCGGCUCGUGUCGGGAGUGCCUAGCCUGCAGGUGGUCUUGAACUCAAUCAUCAAGGCCAUGGUCCCCCUCCUGCACAUCGCCCUGCUGGUGCUCUUUGUCAUUAUCAUCUACGCCAUCAUCGGCCUGGAGCUCUUCAUCGGCAAGAUGCACGCCACCUGCUACCUGGUCAACACAGGUACGCUGGCCGAGGACGAGCCGGCUCCGUGUGCCCCGUCGGGUCACGGGCGCAACUGUCCGGUCAACGCCACCGUGUGCAAAGAUGGCUGGCACGGCCCCAACAACGGCAUCACCAACUUUGACAACUUCCUGUUCGCCAUGCUCACCGUGUUCCAGUGCAUCACCAUGGAGGGCUGGACAGACGUGCUCUACUGGAUGAACGAUGCCAUGGGCUUCGAGCUCCCCUGGAUCUACUUUGUCAGUCUGGUCAUUUUUGGCUCGUUUUUCGUCCUCAAUCUGGUUCUGGGAGUACUGAGUGGAGAGUUCUCUAAGGAGCGAGAGAAGGCCAAGGCGCGCGGAGACUUCCAGAAGCUGCGGGAGAAGCAGCAGCUGGAGGAGGACCUGAAGGGCUACCUGGACUGGAUCGCUCAGGCCGAGGACAUCGACCCCGAGAACGAGGAGGAUGGACAGCAGGAGGGCAAACGCAACAGGGUGACUCUGGCUGACCUAACUCAGAAGAAGAAAGGGAAGUUUGGCUGGUUCAGCCAGUCAACCGAAACACAUGCGAGCAUGCCCAUUAGCGAGACGGAGUCGGUGAAUACAGAGAACCCUAACGGAGAGGAUGACAAGGCCAAGUGCUGUGGACCACUUUGUCAAAAAAUUACAAAAUCAAAAUUCAGUCGCCAGUGGCGCCGCUGGAACCGGUUCUGUCGCAGGAAGUGUCGGGCGGCGGUGAAGUCCACCACCUUCUAUUGGCUGGUGAUCCUCUUGGUGUUCCUCAACACGCUGACCAUCUCGUCUGAACACUACAACCAGCCGGACUGGCUCACGGACGUGCAGAAUGUGGCCAAUAAGGUGCUGCUGGCCAUGUUCACGUUAGAGAUGCUGAUCAAGAUGUACAGCCUGGGCCUGCAGGCCUACUUUGUGUCCCUGUUCAACCGCUUCGACUGCUUCGUGGUGUGCGGCGGCAUCGUGGAGACCAUCCUGGUGGAGCUGAAGUUCAUGUCGCCGCUCGGCAUCUCUGUGCUGCGCUGUGUGCGCCUGCUGCGCAUCUUCAAGGUCACGAGACACUGGGCGUCCCUGAGCAACCUGGUGGCGUCUCUGCUCAACUCCAUGAAGUCCAUCGCCUCCCUGCUGCUGCUGCUCUUCCUCUUCAUCAUCAUCUUCUCCCUGCUGGGCAUGCAGCUCUUCGGCGGCAAGUUCAACUUUGACGAGACUGUGACCAAGAGGAGCACGUUCGACAACUUCCCUCAGGCGCUGCUCACUGUCUUUCAGAUACUGACUGGUGAGGACUGGAACCAGGUGAUGUAUGAUGGGAUCAUGGCCUAUGGUGGGCCUUCCUCCUCGGGGAUGGUGGUCUGCAUCUACUUCAUCAUCCUCUUCAUCUGUGGAAACUACAUCCUCCUGAAUGUCUUCUUGGCUAUCGCCGUCGACAACCUUGCAGAUGCAGAGAGCUUGAACUCGGCUCAAAAGGAGAAGGAAGAGGAGAAAGAGAGGAGGAAGAGCAUCAGGAGUGACAGUAUAUGCAAAAAGGAAGAGGACAAGGUUGAAACGAAAGAGGAAGAAACACAGGGGGAGGAAGAGGAGGAUGAGCCUGAGCCUGAGGUUCCCUCGGGACCACGUCCACAGCGACUGGCGGAGCUUAACCUCAAGGAAAAGAUCCUGCCCAUCCCAGAGGGUAGCGCCUUCUUCAUCCUCAGCAAAACCAACCCCAUCCGAGUGGCCUGUCACCGGCUGAUCAACCAUCAUAUCUUCACCAACCUCAUCCUCGUCUUCAUCAUGCUCAGCUCCGUCUCCCUGGCUGCAGAGGACCCCAUCCGCAACUUCUCCUUCCGCAACAUCAUUCUUGGUUAUUUUGACUAUGCGUUCACGGCUAUCUUUACGGUAGAGAUCCUGCUGAAGGUCCUAGGCUAUGCAGAUUAUGUCUUCACUAGUAUGUUUACCUUUGAGAUCCUGCUGAAGAUGACUGCGUUCGGGGCUUUCCUCCACAAAGGGGCAUUUUGCAGGAAUUAUUUCAACUUGCUGGACCUACUGGUGGUCGGCGUGUCGUUGGUGUCCUUUGGCAUUGAGUCGUCGGCCAUCUCGGUGGUGAAGAUCCUGCGUGUCCUGCGUGUGCUGCGACCCCUCAGAGCCAUCAACAGAGCCAAGGGCCUCAAGCACGUGGUACAGUGUGUGUUUGUGGCCAUCCGCACCAUCGGUAACAUCAUGAUCGUCACUACACUCCUCCAGUUCAUGUUUGCCUGCAUCGGCGUACAGCUCUUCAAGGGAAAGUUCUACCGCUGCACAGAUGAAGCGAAAUCAAGUCCAGAGGAAUGCCAGGGCUCCUACAUCCUGUAUAACAUUGGUGAAACGGCACUACCUGUAAUCAAGCAUCGAGUUUGGUACAACAGUGAUUUCAACUUUGAUAACGUGCUCAUGGCCAUGAUGGCCCUCUUCACCGUCUCUACAUUUGAAGGCUGGCCUGCGCUCCUGUACAAAGCCAUUGACUCCAACAAAGAGAACAUGGGCCCCAUCUACAACUACCGUGUGGAGAUCUCCAUCUUCUUCAUCAUCUACAUCAUCAUCAUCGCCUUCUUCAUGAUGAACAUCUUUGUGGGUUUCGUCAUUGUCACCUUCCAGGAGCAAGGAGAGAAGGAGUACAAGAACUGCGAGCUGGACAAGAACCAGCGCCAGUGUGUAGAGUACGCUCUGAAGGCUCGUCCAGUAAGGAGAUACAUCCCUAAGAACCGCUACCAGUACAAGUUCUGGUAUGUGGUCAACUCGGCGGGCUUCGAAUACGUCAUGUUCGUCCUCAUCAUCCUCAACACCCUCUGCCUGGCCAUACAGCACCAAGGGCAGUCUCAUUUGUUCAACUACGCCAUGGACAUCCUCAACAUGGUGUUCACAGCGGUCUUCACUGUGGAGAUGAUCCUCAAGCUGAUUGCCUUCAAACCAAGGGGUUAUUUUGGGGAUGCCUGGAACGGCUUUGAUGCCCUGGUGGUGAUUGGCAGUGUAGUUGACAUCAUUCUCAAUGAGGUAUGUCAUUAUUUCGCCGAUGCAUGGAACACGUUUGAUGCCUUAAUUGUUGUUGGUAGCGUCGUUGACAUUGCAAUCACAGAGAUGAAUAGCACGCAGGACAGCGCUCGCAUCUCCAUCACCUUCUUCCGACUCUUUCGGGUCAUGCGAUUGGUCAAGCUGCUGAGUCGAGGCGAGGGCAUUCGAACGCUCCUGUGGACCUUCGUCAAGUCCUUUCAGGCCCUUCCCUAUGUAGCCCUGCUGAUUGCCAUGCUCUUCUUCAUCUAUGCUGUCAUUGGCAUGCAGGUGUUUGGUAAGAUUGCCAUGGUGGACGGCACGCAGAUCAAUCGCAACAACAACUUCCAGACGUUUCCUCAGGCCGUGUUGCUGCUCUUCAGGUGUGCCACAGGUGAAGCCUGGCAGGACAUCAUGCUGGCGUGCCUGCCAGGAAAGCUGUGUGACUCAGAGUCCGACGACAACCCCGGUGGUGAGAAGACCUGCGGCAGCAGCUUCGCCAUCAUCUACUUCAUCAGUUUCUACAUGCUGUGCGCUUUCCUGAUCAUAAAUUUGUUCGUUGCUGUCAUUAUGGACAAUUUUGACUACCUUACCCGUGAUUGGUCCAUUCUGGGUCCUCAUCACUUGGAUGAGUUCAAGAGGAUCUGGUCGGAGUAUGACCCUGAGGCCAAGGGCAGAAUAAAACACUUGGAUGUGGUGACUCUUCUGCGGCGGAUUCAGCCCCCUCUUGGGUUUGGCAAGUUGUGUCCUCAUCGAGUAGCUUGUAAGAGGCUUGUGGCCAUGAACAUGCCCCUGAACAGUGACGGGACGGUGAUGUUUAAUGCCACCCUGUUCGCUCUGGUCAGGACUGCAUUGAAGAUCAAGACUGAAGGGAACCUGGACGAAGCCAAUGAGGAGUUGAGGGCUGUUAUUAAGAAGAUUUGGAAAAGGACAAGCAUGAAGCUGUUGGAUCAAGUUGUUCCUCCUGCUGGUGAUGACGAGGUAACGGUGGGGAAGUUCUAUGCCACCUUCCUGAUACAGGACUACUUCAGGAAAUUCAAGAGGCGCAAAGAGCAAGGGCUUGUAGGACUCCAUCCCCGACUCAACACUGCCAUCGCACUGCAGGCUGGCCUGCGCACACUGCAUGAUAUUGGGCCCGAGAUUCGCCGUGCCAUAUCAUGUGACCUGCAGGACGAGGAUGCAAACGUGGAAGAAGAGGACGAGAUCUACAGGAGGAACGGAGGCAUACUUGGCAACCACCUCCACCAUGUGAAUGGGGAGAACCGCGGUGCCGCCGGCCAGACCAACGUCACCCAGCGCCCCCUACAGGUCCCUCCGCUGCCCUGCCACAGCCACGCGGACCCCGCGCACUCGCUGUCCGACGACAGCGGCCCGCUCUACGCCAACAUCAGUGCUGGCCUCUGCCACAAGUCCUCCAAUGCCAACCUCAACAAUGCCAACGUGCCCACUCUCCCCGCCGUGACCAACGGGGGACACCACCCACUGACCUCUGACCUCUCGGCUGCCAGCCGGAUCUCCUCCCUGGGCUCCUACCUCAACCUCAGGACUGACGCCAACUCUCUCAGGAGGGUGAACUCCAGAAGAGCACGCUACUAUGAGACCUACAUUAGGUCGGACUCGGGGGUCAGCCAUUACCCCACCAUCCGGAGAGAGGAGCCUUCGGCUGGAGAUGGUAGUGACGAGGAGCAGGGCUCUGGAGAGUACCACAGCGGGGAGGACUUCCAGGAGGACGACAUCAUGCUGGCAGGCGACAGGAGGAGACUCUACCGGGAGUACCACGACAGUGUGAGUGAUUUCGACCCAGAGACGCCCAGGGGCUAUCACCACACCGAGAGCUUCUUUGACGACGACGAGCAGCCCAUCUACCAGGAGUGCAGGAGGUCACCCAUACGGCGGCUGCUCUCCGCCUCCCCCCAGACUCCUCACAGGUCCGCCUUCAACAUCGAGUGUCUGCGGAGGCAGAGCAGUCAGGACGAGACGCUGCUGUCGCCUGGGUUUCACCACCGCACUACGCUACCUCUCCAGCUGAUGCAGCAUCAGGUGAUGGCAGUGGCCGGACUGGACCCCAGCCGGGUCCGUGUCUCCCCGACGCGCUCGGUGCGCUCCUGGGCCACGCCUCCCACCACGCCGGCGGCCGCCUACACGCCGCUGAUCCAGGUGGACUGGCACGGCGGGCCGCCCAGCGCCAACAGCAGUCCGGGCACGGCCCGCGGCAGCUCCUGGUACACGCCGCAGCUGCCGGGCCGCCUGUCCCGCUCCGGCACGCACUCGCGCAGCUUCACGCACGCUUACCGGCCCGGACGCUCGGCCGCCAACUCGCCGUCGUCGCACGCCGCCGCCGCUGCUGCUGCUGCCGCUGCCCCCGGCUGUCUGCAGAUCCCACUGGACUUCCACAGCAAGCACAGCCAGAAGAGAGGCAGCGCUGACAGCCUGGUGGAGGCAGUACUGAUCUCGGAGGGACUGGGGAAGUACGCCAAAGACCCAAAGUUCGUGGCGGCGACCAAGCAGGAGAUCGCCGACGCGUGCGAGAUGACCAUCGACGAGAUGGAGAGCGCCGCCAGCAACCUGCUCAACGGCAGCAUGGCGGACGGCGGUAGCGGCGGCGCCGGCUCGGAUGACCCCGACGACUCGGCCGCGCUCCCGCGCCAGCGCAGCCUGCACUACUACAGCGACGAGGAGGCCGAGGCCAGCGGCAAGCACGAGGAGGACCUGACCGACGAGAUGAUAUGCAUCACCACGCUAUAGCGUCCGCCGUCCGCUCUGAUUAGCGGAGCGCCCGUCACAAAAACUCACGCAUGAGGACAACGUGCUUAACAAAAAAAAAAGUGCCUUUCCAAAGAAGUGGAUGAGUCUGUGUUCGGACUUGCCCAAUUGAUCUGAUGAAAGGGGAGAUAUGGCACCCAUUUCUGGAAAAAAAAAAAAAAAACGUUCAAGGAGAAUUCAAUAGUGUAGGAUUAGAGGAUUGUGGGAUGUCAAAGGAAGCAGUCAGCUAGAUGCAUGAUAUUUUAAAGAGGUGGCUUAAAGGUUCAGUCUGUGAUUCUGGCCUACUUUUUUGUCAUUCUGCAAAUUUCUUCUCACAGUCCUCUAACUGUCUGUUCAGUGUUUUGUGGUUACACAUGUUGUCAGUCCUGGCUCUGUAAAUGGCAAACAAACAGUGUGGCUUGAACCGACCCAUAAACAAUUUCAGCCAGUCGACAUGCUGCUGCAGAUGCAUGGAAGGGGUCUCAUUGGAUUGGCUGUUGAACGCAAAUAUCAACGGUUGGCGAAACUGAAUUGCGGACUGCAUCUUUAAGUGAGUUUGAACAAGACAGGUCACUUCCCUUUGUGGGUUUAUUCUUUUGAUUCACAUAUCAACCAAUCAAGUUUCCUGUUACGGUCAUAUCCUCUCCUCCAAUGCCUUACCCCAUUUCCUGUUCACACCAAGAACCCUAAAUAGUGAACCAUAGUUUCUGAAACAAAUCUGCCAUUCCUUUUUUUCCAAUCCGUUGUGUCAUAAAAAUAUUUUUACUUAGAUAUCACGUCAUCUAAUCCAUAUUAUCAAACUUGAAAGUCAGACUUACUUUUGUAUGUACACCUCUUUCCUAAUUCACACCCCACAAAGUAACACCAACAGCCAGGCAAUGGAGCUUCUUUUGUUUCGGUGUAUUAUUUAUUAUUGUAUUGUAGUCAUACUUUUAAAAGAGAUACUUUAUAUUUUGUAAGUGACCGGCCUAAUGCAGAUAUCUUAGCAAUAUCCUCCCACUUCUUGUGGACUAGAUUGCUAUUAUUUAAACUCCCGUAGAUGUAUGUUUCAUGAUGUACAAUGUUAUUUUGCCUUUUAUUUUUUCGCACUGAUGCGUUGCAUUCAAGUAUAGCUGUUUUAGAAUGAUAUGAGCCAAUGUGAAUUUACAGCGCACAUGAUAUGCAGAAGACCAGUUUCCUGUACCCAAACAGUCGGAUUCUGUUAGCAGAUCAUCUGCCAUAUUCUCCACUCUGACAAAUAGAGUGGGUGGGGUGGUGGGGAGGUCAUAGUUUGUAGUUGUAGUCAUGGCUACAGUGAAAGAUAGCUCUUCUGCUUAUCCUGUUCAUGACAAGUGCACAAGUAGAAAAUCCUUAUAUGCUUUUUUUAGCAUUUUCAAUGCUGCUUGAUGAGUUGGUCAAAGAAACUAUUUUAUACUGUGCGUGUGAUUUUACAGGAGAAAAAAAAAAUCAAUCUGUUCAGAAUCAGAUCCCAGAGAUCUGAAACCACAGACUUCAUCAGUGCACCCCCGCUUAGGGUUUUUCUAACUGACAAACCAACAUCAUUUUGAUAUGAAGCUCGGGGCAUUGAUUUCAGUGAACUCAGACCGCUUCUCUUUUAUACCCAGUUAGGACCUGGAUUCUAUAUAUGGUGACGAUUAAAAAAAAAAAAAAAAUGCUCAAUGAUCUUUUUGUAACUGUAAAAUGUGAACGCUGUUGGUGGUUUCACCUGUGUUGUACACCGACUGCUCCCAGUCCUCAGGUACAGAGUCCUUCACUCUCGACUCCACUCUGGAACAGACCAGGAGCCGCCAUCUUAAGGCCAUCACUGCCAUCAGCACUGCAACCAAUGACAUACCCUUCAGCCUCCGACCUCCCAGCUCCCUCCAAUAGCUAGCCAGUUUGAAUGGGGACUACGACUGUGUGCUGCUGUUUGCAAAACGUGAACACCUCGGUCACAUCUGCCCAAAGCAACUGAACUGUAACUGCCAUUUACUUCCUUCUACCAAAUUAUUUUUUGUACCAAGUUCUAUUAAACAUAUAAAAUCUUUUU